AUAAAAUGGUUUUGUUUAUUAUAUUAAAAAGAAAGACAAAAAUAAAUAACAAAGAAGCGUCCUCUGAAUUGAAGUGAUUCUGGUUCAGUAUGUUCUCACAAAACCUUGUACGUCUGCUUGUAUUUCUUGCAAGUUUUAUCACUAUUUGCCAAAGUAUGUGUGAUCAAAGACCAUAUGGUGGAAAAAUGAUGUGUUGCACUGGAAAAGAUGCACAAUGUUUUGUAAAGAUGGAGAACAACCGUACACCUGGACGAACUAAUGCAAUAUGUUACUGCGAUUCACACUGUAAAUUUACAGACGACUGUUGCCAAGACUACGAUAAAAUACAAAAGCUCUGUCAGGGAGCUAUUGAUUGCGAGGUAAGCGAGUGGGGAGAUUGGGGGAACUGCAGCUCUUCUUGUGGAUCCGGGGUAAUGAACAGAAGGCGCAAAAUAACCCAGAUGCCAUCUAACGGAGGAAAAACAUGUCCUAUUCUCUUACAAACACGAGGCUGUAACACAAACAAUGUGUGCAAAGACAAUUACGAAAGCGCAUUGAUUUUACCGACAACGUAUCGCCGACAACCUUUGGGAGAAUUUAUGUUUGAAAAUAUUUUGCCAGUUGAAAAAUCAAGUGAAUUAACUGAAAAACAACGAAUAUCACCCACAUAUUCGUAUUGCGUACACUAUAGGAUGAGUUACAAGCGCUCCUCUUGUGAAAAUACAUGGGCCGAUAGUUUUAUAAGCAGCGUUCCAGUAUGUGCAGAAUGUCAAUCGCGUGUUAUGAAUGAUGGUCGAUGUAGAGGAGAAGGAUCCAUUGGUGUUAAAACUCGAUGGAAAGCAUUGGGAUUAUCUCAAUGUCAAGGGGACUGGAUUCGACUUGGGCCAAUUAUUCCGAAUUGCACAUGUGACGAAAAUGGGUUUUCAAAUUUUGUUUUUGUGUAAAACAAGUCCGCGCUUAUGUACAUUUAGAGAAAACUUACUACAUUGAACCAAACAUUUAAUUGCCGCAAAUGUGAAAUUCAAAAAGAAAGAAUAACUUUUGUAAAUAAUAUACAGCAAAUAUUUUAUAUUAUUUAUUAAUUUCAAUUUCCAAUUUGUGCAUUGACAAAAAAAUGCACAAGAAAUGCAAAAGAUAUUGAAUUAUAUUUUUAUCAGAUAUUUUAACCCUUUUUUUGUAAAUUUAUGACACAUAAUAAAAACGUAAAAAAUAAUUGA